AAAUACGGCGAGAGCCCGCGAAGCCGGCAGUUGAUUACUGAGAAAGUAUUCAGAGCAUUGCAAAGUGUAAACCAAACGAACAAAAUACGCCAAAAUGUCUGUGAUUCCAUACAUGCACGACCUUGAGAGGCCUUUCCGUAUGAUUGAGAGGGAAUUCUUCAGACCUGAUAACUUCUUCGGCUACUCGCCACUCAACCAGCUGAUGUUACGUGACUACGAGAAUUCGUUCCUCAAGCCCUGGGAGGACGCCUUCAGACCAUGGGAAAAUCUACUCAAACCGAUCGAACAGCUCUCUUCUGCAAUGAACCGGCUAGCUGUCAACGAAAUCGGGCAAAUAUCAUCUGACGACGAGAAAUUCCAAGUCAAUGUCGACGUGCAGCAUUUCGCUCCCGAAGAAAUUGAUGUCAAAGUUAUCAAUGGUCAAGUGAUUAUUGAAGGCAAACACGAAGAAAAAGAGGAUCAGCAUGGAUAUGUGUCGAGGCGGUUUGUUAGACGAUACGCUUUGCCGCAAGGGUGCUUGCCGGACACGGUGGAGUCAAAACUGUCGUCAGACGGAGUCCUGACCAUCACUGCACCAAAGGUCCUCGCCAUGCCAUCAACAGGAGAAAAGAUAGUCCCCAUCACGCACACAGGACCCGUCAAAAAACAGCUGUCUGAAAAGUGAAAUGAGUACAUCGCGAUCGUUGCACCUAGUCUGUAUAUAUGUAUCUUUAUGAUUUUUUUAAGACUGAUUUGAAUCUGUGCUAUAAUUAUUAAGUUUAUUUGAAAUAAAUACA